AUGGCCGAUCCCACGCAAACCCCAGACUCUACCAGCAACGGUACUAGCGAGACUCCUGACAGCCAAGACACGGCGCCUGUGGCUACUCCGAAGAGCCCAGUCGUGGAGGAAGUCGACAAGGCCAAGAAGAACCAGCCCAAUCCGAAGAAAACGAAGAAGCUUGAGGAGCAUGAAGAUACAUCGUCCUCCUCCAGUGAAGACGAAUCAGGAUCGUCCUCGUCUGAUGAGAGCACAGAUGAAAGUACCUCUCCGCCAGGAAUGGUUUCUUCAGAAACCUCUGAGUCGGAAUCAAAUGAAGAGCAGCGACGGACAACAAAGUCAAAAACAAAGAGGUCCAGACGCAGGAACCAAAAGAAGACGAAAAAAUCUCGAGCGCAUCGCUCGUCACAUUCAACUACUGAGUCCGAUCGCAGCGACAAUGGGUCUGAGGACUCUUCUAAAGACAAUCAACAACUCCCGGGGCCGCAAACUGAAACUCUGCCGGGAGCCCAGGCCGCUGAGCCUACUGACCUUAUCCUCGCGUUAGCCAAAAGACUGGCGGCAAUGGAAGCCGAGUUGAUCGAGGCGCGCCGCAACCAGAAUCUGAUUCAGUGCAACCAUACCGGCCAGAGCGAAGAAUCCCCUCAGUAUGAGCCCAGGAAGAGCAAGAAGGAUAAGAUCAAAAUAGGAACCAAGGUGGAAUUCAAGCGGGUUGAUCAACUGUGGGACAACACCAUCCAUGAUUACAAACUGUCAGAAACCGUUGAAAAAGAAGAGACCGAUGAAUGGGACCAGUAUAUCUUCACAGUCCGCCGAACCUUUGACGAUGACAACAAACACGCUUCAACGACAGUGGACAUCCGAAGCAAGCCCCUUCGUGAGGCUCUCGCCAAAGUGAUGGGCGGCGUCAAAGGCAUCAGCCUGGUCGAAGAGAAGCCAUCGGUCGACCCCAACAUGCUCUUCCUGUAUCUCGAAGAAACUCGCCAGUACAUGAAGGCUCAGAAGCAACUUGCCAAGACCGAGAAGAAGAGCAAGACGCGCAAGAGUGCUGCCACCAAAGCUGCCCAUCUCAAGGUUCUCGUCAAAUACCUCGAUACCGACUACGCCGAGAUCAAAAAGGCCCUACACGCGAUGCUGAACUCCAACACAAUCACCUUCGACCUCAUGUGGGCCUUGUUCAAGCCAAACACCAUUGCGUACGCAUCGACGUACGGAAACGAAGAUGAGCCCCGUGCUUUCAAGGUUGACUCUGUCACGAAAUACAGCAGUAUAUUCGACGGCGAGUCCUACAGAAUCAAAGGCCGCUAUCUCAACUACGACGGUAAACACUUCGGCAUGGUCAGCAUGGUGGAAGCCAUAGACGCCUUCAAGGGCUCUCGCAAAAUCACCAGCCUGGAAUGCUACCCUUUGCACCACCACCGGGAUGCAGAGGCCGUGCGCGUCAAACUAAUAGAACGCGGCAGAAAGUUCGCCUCGCUAAAGGGCCAGAACUACAAGUACCACCAAGGCAUGGCAUUCUGCAGAAAGGAGCAAGGCGUCGCAAAGAUCAACGUCAACGGCCGUGUCAUGGUCGACCCAACCACCCACAGCCGCAUCAACCCUAACUACCCAGUUGACCGCAUCCGCCGCAACCAAGACGACGGCGGCAACGCAAACAUAGUUGACGACGACGACGAAGACGAUGAGGGACCCAUUCUAAUAUCCUACGAACGUCGCCUAGCUACCGACCCCAACGGCAAACAAUACACCGUCCGCGUCAAAGUCGACAAGCACGGCAAUGAGAUCCAAGACGAAACAAUGGACGGACUCCUCACUGAUCCCGCCGAGCGCGCCUUCACAGACGAAGAACUCACCAUUGCCAGCCCCGUCGUGCGCGGCUUCGCCUUCAACGAGAAAAUGUGGCUCGAGUUCUCCGUCUCCGGCAUCCGCGAAAUCGAUUGGAACGACAAGGCCUUCGACUCCCUCGUCCUCCCCGACAACCAGAAAUCCAUCGUCAAAGCCCUCGUCGAAUCCCACACCUACAACGAAGCCCAGAACAUCGACGACGUCAUCCAGGGUAAAGGCCGUGGCCUCGUCGCCGUCCUCCACGGACCCCCAGGGACCGGCAAAACCCUAACAGCAGAGGGCAUCGCGGAACUCCUCAAACGGCCUUUGUACACAGUUAGCAUGGGCGAACUCGGCAUAAACUCACGCACCCUCGAAAAAGAGCUAAACAAUAUCCUCGACAUCGCACACACAUGGGGCGCAGUGCUCCUCCUCGACGAGGCAGACAUCUUCCUCGAAAAGCGCGGCCUGCACGAUAUCCACCGCAAUGCGCUCGUGAGCGUCUUCCUGCGCCUGCUCGAAUACUUCCAGGGCAUAUUAUUCCUCACGACAAACCGCGUGGAAACCUUCGACGACGCCUUCCAGUCGCGCAUCCACAUUGCGCUACGGUACGGCGAUCUUACAACCAAGGCUAAGCGCAGCGUGUGGAAGAUGUUCCUGGGCAAGGUGCAGGCCGUGGAGGGAGUGCAGACGGCCGAUUUCACGGACAAGGACCUCGAUGCGCUUGCGCGUCAUAACAUGAAUGGUCGACAGAUCAAAAACUCCGUCCGCACGGCGCAGGCCUUGGCUGUUAAUGAGAAAUCGCCGCUCUCCAUGAACCAUAUCAAGCGUGUUCUCGAGGUCGCCGAGACGUUUGAUCGGGACCUUCGUGGUGGACCAGGGUAUUUGGAUGCGAUGAGGAGUUAUACUUGA